AUGAAGUCUCUAGCUGUAAUCUCGAGUUAUCUCCUCCUCCUCUGCACCAUACCAGUUACAUUCGCCGCCCCAGCAGCCUCAAGAACACAAACCGACCUAAAAAAUAACGAGCCACAGGAUGAUUUCCUCUUCAUCCUAGCCGAACAUGAAAAACGAUCGUUGGGCGAAGUAAUAGACGAAAUGGGACUCGACCACACAAAAGCCACAACCUUCGGCACUCACAUGAGGGGAUUCAGCAUAUCUCUUCUAGAGUCCCACGCUCAUGACAUUGCAUCCCUAGAAAACGUUGAAUUUAUGCAAAGGAAUCAUAAAAGAUCCGGGCCGGUUUCGAAUUCGGGGCUUAAGGCGAGAGAUAUGACCAACAGCGCUAGCUUUGCAUUGUCGAAACGUCAGGCGGAUGCAUUGGUCGAACAGACGACGGCACCUUGGGGACUUGAACGGAUAUCUCAGAAGGAGAAGAUUGACUUGGGAGAUAGGAGGGUUGAUGAUUUAUUCUUUAAAUAUCAUUUUGAUAGGUUGUCUGGGGAUGGGGUUGAUGUUUAUUCUAUCGACUCUGGGAUUAAUAUCGACCAUGUGGAUUUUAACGGUCGAGCGAAGAUGAUAUUUACGGCGUUUGGAGAUGAUGGGAAGGAUGAUCAUGGGCACGGUACACAUACCGCUGGGACUAUCGGGUCUUUAACCUACGGUGUCGCCAAGAAUGUCAAUAUCCUAGGUUGUAAAGUUCUAGACGCAUCUAAUUUCGGAUCCGACGCCGGCAUAAUUGCCGGAAUCGACGCCGCCUUCGCCUCCCACCUGAAACGCAAAGAAGAACCUGGUUUUAAAGGUUCAGUUAUGAACAUGUCUCUCGGAGGCCCAGCCUUUUCACCCGCAAUGUCCGAUCUAUUGCGAAGAGCACUAAACGCCGGCAUGCAUGUCGUCGUUGCAUCAGGAAACGAAAACACCGAUGCUUGCUCCAGCGAUCCGGGCAGAUUAUCUACCCAGAUUCCAAUUAUUAACGUUGGUGCCAUUGACAUCACGGACAACCGAUGGGUCCAAUCGAAUUUUGGGAAGUGUGUUACUCUCCAUGCACCCGGGGUUGGUAUUGUCAGUACCUGGAAUACGGGUCCUCGUGCUGUCAUGGCAAUCGACGGGACUUCUAUGGCAUCGCCUCAUGUUGCAGGAGUAGUUGCGGACUUGUUAGCUAAAAACCCCGAUUUGAAGUUGGAUCCGAAGGGUAUGAAGGAGCUAUUGUUGUCGAAGUCGCAGAAAGGAGGGGUUAAAGGUAUUGAGAAGGUCAUCCCGGGAGGCGACUUCCUCUUGAAUACCGGGAUGGGGGACACGGUGUCCGAUAAAGUGUCCAAUGAAACAAUGCUACUACCAUCAUGCGUCAUCAAUUCAUCCCAUGCCGUACCAGCCGGGGCCAUGGACAUGGGGAUAACUGCCAGCUCUGUUGGCUCUACGAACAAAGGCAGAGAGACUACUAGUAGUGUUUCUACAAUUGCUACGGAUGCUUCGACAUCGGUUGAUAGUUAUUCGUCAAGCCCCACCGCCACUUCCGUAGUUCUUCAUACUAGUCCUCAAACAUCCGAUAAACGGCCUAGGGAUCCCGUCGGCCCUGAGUUCUUUUAUAGUUCAAAAUUACGAAUACAAUGCCCAAACCCAGACUGGACACUAAAUUAUAAAAUCAGAGCACUUAUAGCCGACUAUGCAGGGCCUCGUCACCUUAUGCCGCCAAAUGCGGUUAAUCACCAAGACGAGGCGCUUGGUGUGUAUAGUCCCCAUAUUCUCUACGUUAGACAAUGGGCCACGAAAAUCAGGGAUUAUAGAAAACACCUGGUUGUUGAUCAGGAUGAGAAUGUCCAGUGGAAUCCGGAUCAAAACGACUCGUUACUGCAGAAUGUUCGAAAUGAACAACGGGAUUGCCGUCAAUGCUUGUGCGACGCGCAAGGAAAUAUUACAUUCGCACAUCGCGGGCCUAAGAAGCCAAAGGAGGGGCGGAGAGGUCAAAAAAGUGGAUGCUUUUCCGGGUCUUGGGCUCUCUUUUGCACAUGGUUCUACGGUUGUUACUGCGCUAUUGUUCUUAUUGGCAAUCAGCUAUCAGCAGAGCACAUUCAGCAAGGCUUGACUUGGCACGCAUUCCAGGAUGCGUUUAAUCAGAUUCCCGACUAUAUUCGGGAUGAACCAUUCAACCGGGAUUUCCGUUGGUGGGUGCCUAAGGAGUUGGCUGAACGCCCAGGUCAGACGAUUGGUUACAACCCCGGUUUUAGAGUCAAUGUUGCUUCUCCAAAUGAACCGCCGUAUUUCCUCGAGGGUUUAGGAGAGAGCGUAGGAGAGGAUUUACUACGCGAACUAGAUGCAUUAUUAGACGGACAUCAAGAAGCGGUCCCAAGUCUCCCAUUUGAUGACGCAGGUUUUGAUCCGGCUCCCUCACCUGAAGACCCGCAUUCUAACCCAAAUUACCAAGGUGGAGGCCUACCACAAGAGGAUCCAUUUCCAGUCGAUAUUGAGGCUUAUGCACGGCAGCAAGCUAGUCUUUGGCCAUUGCCCAAUGCGAACCAGCCGCUUCCACUUGGACAAGACGCCCCAAGUUUCUUCCCCAUGGAUAUCCCUGCGGACUAUGAAAACUACCUUAUAGACGACGGGACCAGUGGUGGGGAUAGUGGUGGUUAUUCCUAUGAGUAUCCCCCCGGAAACUAUGAUUUCCCCGCAGAAUUUGAAUAUAAUAGUGGACCUCGGGGAGGAGGCGGCGGAAGUGGAUCUGGGGGUGGGUUUUUUAAGAAGCGGGAGGCUAAGUUUGAGAAUUCUAAAGCUGGUGAUGAUGAAACGGCUCAUGGUAUAGAAGGGGUAGAUCAAGGGCGGCGCAAGGUUGCCGCACCUACGUGA